AUGGGACCAUCAACAACAGUCCAAAUCCCAGCAAAGAUAAACACUUCCAGCAAACAAAAAGUAGCUCGCAUGGAAGAGUGGUCUCAGCUGCCCCUUCGAGAGUGGCCCGAUAUGGAGCGCUGGCGGACGGCCAUGUCGGAUCGGUUUACCAUUGAGCACCCAAGUGACGUGGCUCCAGAUACAUCGGGAAAUGGUUACGCGAUUCCUGUGACUCCUACUCACGAUCAAACGCAAGAAUUGGGAGACCAGCCUCAUUCCGGACUAGUUUCAUAUGCAUGGCCACCCAGGGACAACAGGGUCAGUUUGGGGAGUUCAUACGAUGCUCCUCAGACCCACCCUGGGGUGAUGUCUUCACCGGUAUGUUUUGAACACCAGGUCACGAUGAGACCUGAACCCGUGCCGUCUUCAGGUAGUCCCCGAGAUGGAAUCAUUGGCGACGAGGAUGCUACCGGUGUCUCGGUGGAUGCAAAUGCAGCUGCACAAGCUAGGGUGGAGACGGGCCGACCGAGCAAAGCUGAGGAGCUGUCACACAAUAACCCGAGUCUUUACUUUUAA